AACUCCCAGCAUCUGGGAUUUUCAGCGUUGAGUACAGGUUUUUUUCAUGCUGAGAUUCAUCUUUUUGGGGAAAGCAAAGGUCACCGCUUCUCCGGAGUUGCGACUGAUUUGAUUCUUUUUCUCGGGGAGGCGCUGGGAAGGGAAUCCUUACUGGAAUGCAUAUUGAUAAAGGCUGAGGAUUCUGGCUUCUUAGAUAAGUAAUUCUUUUUUUUUUUUUCCCCUCUUCUCUCCCCACAAUGACUAUGUAUUGCAGCAACUCACUGGCUUUUUACCAAAUCAGGAGCUGCAGUAUUUUUCUUCCGAUGGAAUAAUUUCAGCCCACUUCAGCUAGCAUGACAAUCUUAUGUGAUUGUUAUGAGUAGGCGUUUACAUCCUUUUACAUGCUAAUACUGCCACACCUGCUAGUCCCCCUCAUUUCCCUCUCUCUCUCUCUCUUUUUUUUUUUUCCCCUUUUUUUUCCCCCUGAUGUGAAAACUAAUUUCCCAGAGGAAGGGAAAUCCUGAGAUUCGUGAUCAAUGCUGCAUCGCUGAUUCAUCAACAAAGAAGGGGAUGGCUGAAUGGGACACAGGUAGAGAUUCAAGCAGGCUGCUUCUGACCAGCAAGAGAAAAGCUAGCUGUUGAGCAGCAUAUGUUGCCACUCCAUGUGCUGUAUUAGCUACUUGUUUUUAGCCUUCAGUAGGCUGCCACUACUGCAGCACUAAAGGAAUGUGCCCUAUUGUUAGAAAUCCUGACUGCUUUACACCAAUGAUUUGCCACUGCAAAGUUGCAUGCACCAACAACACUUUAUCGUUGAUGUUUGGAUGCAAGAAAGGCCAAGAGGAAGAAAAUCCCACAGGUAGAGGCCUUCAGCUGGGACCCUUUCCUGAAAUGGAAUGGACUAAUGCACAGAAAUAUCGUUAUCAAGAUGAGGAUGCUCCACAUGAUCAUACUUUGCCUCGAUUAACCCAUGAAGUGAGAGGCCCAGAGCUGGUUCACGUGUCAGAGAAGAACUUGUCUCAAAUAGAGAAUGUCCAUGGAUAUGUCUUACAGUCGCACAUUUCUCCUUUGAAGGCAAGCCCUGCCCCUAUAAUUGUCAACACAGACACCUUGGACACAAUCCCUUAUGGACCAAUCUCCAGGAGCCAUUCUCAUGACUUAAGGAGCCUGAUCUCAUCAGUGACACAGGUCAAUGGAACAGAAAUUGAAUAUGAAUUUGAAGAAAUUACUUUGGAGAGGGGGAAUUCUGGCCUGGGGUUCAGUAUUGCUGGAGGAACAGAUAACCCACACAUUGGGGAUGAUCCUGGGAUAUUCAUUACUAAGAUUAUACCAGGAGGAGCUGCAGCGGAGGAUGGAAGACUCAGGGUCAAUGAUUGCAUCUUGCGAGUGAACGAGGUCGACGUGUCAGAAGUCUCACACAGCAAAGCCGUGGAGGCCCUAAAAGAGGCUGGCUCCAUAGUACGACUGUAUGUUCGUCGAAGAAGGCCUAUUCUGGAGACCGUGGUAGAGAUCAAGUUGUUCAAAGGGCCUAAAGGUCUAGGAUUCAGUAUUGCAGGAGGGGUUGGAAACCAACACAUUCCUGGGGACAACAGCAUUUAUGUUACCAAGAUUAUUGAUGGAGGAGCUGCGCAAAAGGAUGGGAGGUUGCAGGUUGGAGAUAGACUUCUUAUGGUGAAUAAUUACAGUUUAGAAGAAGUUACCCAUGAAGAGGCAGUAGCGAUACUGAAGAACACAUCAGAUGUAGUGUAUCUGAAGGUUGGAAAGCCCACUACCAUUUACAUGACCGAUCCAUAUGGCCCACCAGAUAUUACUCACUCUUAUUCUCCACCAAUGGAAAAUCAUAUACUCUCUUCUGGAAACAAUGGCACUUUAGAGUACAAGGCAUCCCUGGCCCCUAUCUCACCAGGAAGAUACUCACCCAUUCCAAAGCACAUGCUUGUGGAGGACGACUACACCAGGCCUCCUGAACCUGUUUACAGCACUGUGAACAAACUGUGUGAUAAACCACCUUCUCCUAGGCACUAUUCCCCUGUCGAGUGUGACAAAAGCUUCCUUCUUACAGCUCCCUAUCCCCACUACCACGUAGGCCUGCUCCCUGACUCUGAGAUCACCAGUCAUUCCCAGCACAGCACUGCAACGCGUCCACCCACAGUGAGCUUGCAGCGGACCAUUUCUGUGGAAGGAGAGCCUCGAAAAAUCAUCCUGCACAAGGGCUCCACAGGACUUGGUUUUAACAUAGUGGGAGGAGAAGACGGGGAAGGCAUUUUCGUGUCUUUCAUCCUAGCAGGCGGGCCUGCCGAUCUCAGCGGAGAACUGCAGCGAGGGGAUCAAAUCUUGUCUGUGAAUGGUAUUGAUCUUCGAGGUGCUACCCAUGAGCAGGCUGCAGCUGCGCUGAAGGGAGCAGGGCAGACGGUAACAAUCAUAGCACAAUACCAGCCAGAGGAGUACGCUCGGUUUGAGGCAAAAAUCCAUGACCUGCGUGAGCAGAUGAUGAAUCACAGCAUGAGUUCUGGGUCCGGGUCCCUGAGGACUAAUCAGAAGAGGUCACUGUAUGUCAGAGCCAUGUUUGACUAUGACAAGAGCAAAGACAGUGGCCUCCCAAGCCAAGGACUCAGCUUUAAGUAUGGAGACAUCCUUCAUGUCAUCAACGCCUCAGACGAUGAAUGGUGGCAGGCGAGAAGGGUCACUCUGGAGGGAGACAGCGAGGAGAUGGGAGUUAUACCCAGCAAGAGGAGAGUUGAAAGAAAGGAGCGUGCACGUUUGAAGACGGUGAAAUUCAACGCGAAACCUGGUGUAAUUGAUGCAAAAGGGUCAUUCAAUGACAAGCGUAAAAAGAACUUCAUCUUUUCACGAAAAUUCCCAUUCUACAAGAGCAAGGAGCAGAGUGAGCAGGAAACAAGUGAUCCAGAACAACAUGUUUCUUCUAAUGCCAGCGAUAGUGAAAGUAGCUACAGAGGCCAAGAAGACCUCAUCCUUUCUUAUGAACCUGUCACAAGACAGGAAAUUAAUUACACCAGGCCGGUGAUUAUCCUGGGUCCUAUGAAAGAUCGGAUCAACGAUGAUUUGAUAUCUGAAUUCCCUGAUAAGUUUGGGUCGUGUGUACCACACACCACACGGCCAAAGCGUGACUAUGAAGUGGAUGGGAGAGAUUAUCAUUUUGUCAUUUCAAGAGAACAAAUGGAAAAAGAUAUCCAAGAGCACAAAUUUAUAGAAGCUGGGCAGUACAACGAUAAUUUAUAUGGAACUAGUGUCCAGUCUGUGAGAUUCGUGGCAGAAAGGGGCAAGCACUGUAUACUCGAUGUGUCGGGAAAUGCUAUCAAACGACUACAAGUUGCACAACUCUAUCCCAUCGCUAUCUUCAUUAAGCCUAAAUCCUGGGAGCCUCUGAUGGAAAUGAAUAAACGUCUGACAGAGGAGCAAGCGAAGAAAACCUACGAUCGAGCAAUUAAAUUAGAACAAGAAUUUGGAGAAUAUUUUACAGCUAUUGUCCAAGGAGAUAGCUUAGAAGAUAUAUAUAAUCAAUGCAAACUUGUAAUUGAAGAACAAUCUGGGCCUUUCAUCUGGAUUCCUUCAAAGGAAAAAUUAUAAAUUAGCCACUGCACCUCUGAUUAUGACGGGAGAAUAUUUAGAAGAAAACUAUAAUAUACUAUUUGGAGGCUUUCCUGUUUUUGUUGCAUUUAUGUUCUUUGCAGUCAAUGUGAAUUUUGAUGAAUGUACAACACAAAGUGUUUGAAGCCAUGAAGGACACUGAUGGGUCAAAGGGUAGGAACAAAAAGACUUCUACCAUAAAAAGCAAAUCUGUUGUGUGCUCAGAGCACCAGUUGUAGGUAUAAACUUUUGACAUGGAGACCCUCUGUCAAGGGGAGCUAGCCACCUCCUGUGCCCAUGCGGACAUUUUGAUCGAUUCCAAUGGCUGAGCUCAGUGUGUUGAUUGCUUUAAAGAGAAGCUCCCAGCUCCUGAACCUCGUAUAGGGCUUGAUCCUGCAAGGCGCUCAGCACUUGACCCCAAUUCCUACACACGAGUAGCCUGUUGACUUGGAGUCACUUGUGAUCCUUCCCUAUGCUGUUCAGUCCUAUCAGUUCCAGUAGGACUAUUCAUGUGCUCAAAGCUAAGCACAGGCUUAAGCAUUUUGCUAGAUCAGGGCCACAUGCACCUUGCAAAAUCAAGCUCAGAGUAUUUGGUCCAUUUCCUACUGAAGUCACUAGUAGAACACUCUUUGACUUGACUGGGAGGUGGGUCCUAUCCUAAGCUUGUCAUUGCACGUUUGUAGUUGGUACACCUCGACUUUGGUAACUAUGCACAUCUUUUGAGUUCUGAAACCAAGUCAAGCAUUUCUUUUUUCCCCUUUGGAAACACUAUUGCAUCAGGAACUAAUUACAAUGUAGUUUACUUUAAUGGAGUUUGAGGGUGGGAGAGGAUGGAAGCAUUUCACAUCACACACACGUGCACACAAACACAUUCCCAUGUGGACACACACAUGUAUGAGGAUUCACAGCACCUAUGUUGACAAGGAGGGAUACAACUGGGAAAAGCUUUAAAAUUUUUGAUUGUCUAUUUUAUCAUUUAUAUUGAUAGAAGGCACUUAAAGAUGGAAUAAUUUAUAAAAAUAAAAAUAUAUUGAUGUAUAGAAACUAAUUUCUAUAGGUAAAAAUGUUUUUGUGAGAUAUUUUGUAAAGAUUGAUUAAUUGAAAGAUUAAAUAUUUACACCCUUGUGCGACUGUAAAAUGUAAAGAGGACCAUCAAGUUGCAUUAUCCCUUUUCCGUAACAGAUUCUCUAUUACUAAUGACAAGCGAGAUAAUUCCUUAAAUUCUAGUUGUUAUCUUGUUUUUCUCUCAACUUAAUCCUCUCCUUUGCCUCUAUUUAAUCGUGACGAACUCCUAUGGAAAGAUCUCUUGAACUGACUGCCCUGUAGGACCUUUUCUAAUCACAAAAGGAUAAUGCAUCUUUUAAUUGAAGUGGAUGAUUUGUCAGUGCUUGAAUGCAGUUAAUAACUUCUCUCUUGGAGGGAGUCACACUUCACCCCCAAAUGUGUUUUGAUUCUUCCUGUUUCUUUGCAGGAAUUAACAAAAGCACUUGAUCUUUCCUCUCUUUGCAGGCAGGCAGGUCACCAACUAACUUGUACCUUCAUUCAUUUCACAGUCAACAAGGGUCUUAAAAGCAAAAACUGAGGCAAUGGACAUUUGUGAGGGAUUUGGGGGAAGUCUGUGGAAUUGCAGUUUGGGGUGCACAGAAGGGGAGAAGGAGGCAUGUUUUUCUUGCUUCACAUUGCCCUUUGUAUACUGCUGCCAUUCUUCACUCUGACACACAAGGGGACAACUGCAGGAGAUGAUAUGAUCGCAAACUGAAUUGCCUUUGCUGCUGCUGGACCAAGUUUCCUGUAAAACCCACCACUCUCCUGCCUGCUGCGGCGCAGGAGUUCAGUGCUUCUUAGCUGGUGGCUUCAGGAACCCUAAUGUUUAAGGACAUUUUAAGGGCAAAUGCUAAAUAGACUCCUCAGUUACUUGUCUAUUUGAAGCUUACGUUUCUACUCCCUGUCAACCUGACAGGUCCAUCCAGCCAACCUCCGCGGACAGCGUGACUUGCUGGAUGUUUGCAAUAGAGCCACCAGCAGUGAUGGGGUUAAAAACAUGGGCAUUUAGUGGCCCUGAGGUGGCCUCUGACUUACUGCCCAACUAUGGUAACUUUGAGAAGUUCACACUUCUGUAACUACUAUUUUUCUUGCCUGGCCAGCGCAGAUUUAUAACCAAGGGUUUCAGUUAAGUCUCCAAAAGAGCUUUGUAAACCAGAAGGGCUAGAAACCUUUAUUUUUACAAAAUGUAAAUGAAUGAAAGCUUGGAUUUUGGAUAAUUCUGCAGAAAUCCACAGAGUGACCCCAGAUCUUUGGAAGCCAUGGAUUUUCCAUGCUGGCAAAGUACUACUGCCCCAGGUUGGGAAAUAGCCCACCAGUCCUGAAAAAAAAAAACAACAAGUAUCCUAAAGGAGGAACUUAACUCUAAUUUUCAGCUCUGUUUUUAAGCAAUCAAUCACAUCUGCUUCUUUGUUUCUUAGUUCAGCAUGCAGCCUUUUACGGUACUAUCCUACUAGUAACUGUUUUGCUUUGUCAUGUGCUGUGCUUUACGGUGAACAGUAACACUAUGGCUGAGUACAAUCAAUUUUUCCAUCAGUCCUUGGUUACUGUAGUAACAUUAUUUAUUUUCCCCUGUCUGUUGUUUGUGCUUCCAGUUUAGGGUUGCCAUUGCACUUCUUUUUUUUCUUUUUUUCUUUUUUUUUUUGUUUUUUUGUUUUUUGGUUUUUGGUUUUUGGUUUUUUUUUAAAUAAAACCUAUAUUUGAAACCAAAUCACCAAGAGAAGCAGUGAGAGGUCUUAUUUCCCUUAGGACUUGUACUCCCAUUUGUUUUGUGCGUUGACGUUUUGCGUUCCAUGUUUCAGCAUCCUCGGAGCUGCAGUUCUAUUUUGCAUUGCAGCUGUUCAGAUCAUGCUGGGUGGUAGUGGGAGGAGGAAGAGAAACAUAAGAUUCAUGCAAAAUUACAUCUGGUGCAAAAAAACCCCCAACCCAUACAAAGUCCAAACUCACAACCCACAGCAGUUGGCACCCAAGACCAUAUUGGUGCUAACACAGCUUAGCGUAAUCAGAUCCCUUUUCUGUCCAUAUAAAAGACUUGCAAGUGUCUAAACAUUAGACAAAUGCAAAUGCUGGACCCUUUAGGAAAAGUGCCAGAUCACACCCCUGGUGCUAUUUCUCAUGUUCUGGCACAGUGUGUAGCACUGUAGGGUCUAAGCAGAACCAAAAUGAUCACAGCUUUUUGUCCACCCAUGAAUGAUCACAAUGACAUCUUGCUAGCUUUGUGCAGAUGUGCAAUAUUACAACCUAUUUAUUUCUCCUUGCCACAAAACACCUUCCAUGCACUGACUCAUUGAGAGCUUGCUAAGAGGGCUCAGUGACACGGCACUCUUUACUGGUCUUACGGUCUGACCAUCAACCAGUGAAAGAGCCUCUUUCUUGCUUAAUUCCCCCUUCCUACAGAGGUACCCUGUCCAUGCUAGCACUUUGUAAUUUCUUUGGUAGUAAAGGCUGUUUCUAGAUAAAUAUUCUGUGAUGUAAUUGUGUUUGUAGCUAGCAUGGUUUGAUGCUCCGGUGUGGAUAGGGUCCUAGGAACCACCCUGUGAAAGUCAAGGAUAAGAAAUCUCUCCGUUGCACUGAAAUUUCAAAUCCUCAUCCUGGAGAGCAGUGUGGAACCUGAGCUAAUAACCACUACGAGCCAGCGACAGUGUCCUAGUUAUCCACCUCCCUAUUUACAUUAGUUUUCUAUGGAGAAUUUGUUGGUGUUACACUUUGGCUGUUACUUGCUCAGUCAAAUUGUGUUUUGCUUUUGGUUUCCUUAUAUUUUAUUCUUUGUUCUUCAAUUCAUAUCCAUAACCUGAGGAUUCAGUGAGUGACAACACAGAAGGAUAUUUGUAGGAAAAACAGUGUUAAUGGAUAAAGUCUCAAUCUUCUCUUUAAGCUGCAGAUUUAAAGCCAUAAUAUCUGCCGUGUUCAGAGAAAGUGGUCUUUUAUCUUUCACAGCUGUGAUUCUCAACCUUUUUUCUCUUGAACAUUUUGUCUGCCAUGUUAUGCAUGCGGUUCACUGUGCAACUGCAUUCAUGUGCUCAAGCCCAUGCCUUGGUGGAAUAAAUGUAUUUUCCUAUUCCAUUAAAAAUCUGACAUCUUGUCAAUUAGUUCAGAAGAAUGAGGUUGUCAUUAUGUAAAAAAAAAGGUUCCCAUUCCAGGUCACAAGUCAGCAUCAAGGCUAACAGCAAAUAACAUCUAAAAUCUAUUCAGCAUAUAGCUAGCCUAGAUCUUCAGCUGGUGUAAAUCACAGUCACUCCACUGGGGGAGUUGGACCAGAUGAUCUUUAAGGUCCCUUCCAGCCCAAACCAUCCUAUGAUUCUAUGAUGGAUUUCAGUGGAGUCCAUCCCAUUUACACCACCUGAAGUUACACAUCUGCUCUCCCCAUUACACCGAUUUUUUAGCAUUACUGUAAAACACCAAGGCUACAUGAUUAAACAGCAGCUCAGCACUUUCCAUUGUUAUCUACUGCUUACUUUACUGCAGCACACAGAGGGUCAAGUCAUAGACCGAGAUCAUUUUGAGGUAGGGGCUAUGAAAUUGCUGAACAAAAAGACACCCCAUAGCUCAAAUGCUGUAGCCAAGUUUUCAGAAGGCUUCAGCCCCACUGACAUCUCACCGAGAGCAAUAGGAACCACUACCCCUUUUGAGACUGUCUUGAAGGUGAGGAGCAUGAGGUGCAAUCCAUUACCCCUCACAUCGCGUUAGCAGCUUAUGGCCCUGACCUACAGCUCAGGCAACUUGCCCUGGUGUAAAACAGCAUUUCUGGGGAUGAGUGGUAGCCAGCAUCCUAGGCAAGAUAUUUUGGGGAAGAAAAAAAAAAAGGAAAAAAAAGAAUUAAAAAAGGCAACACUGUUGGCUCUUAGUGGGAUAGCAACCUUUUAAUUUCUGGAUUUGUGUUCCUCAGUUGGAAUCGGCCACUCUGAGUCUCCGAGUGCAGCAGCCUGUGCUCUGCAGGCUGCUCCAUCCGGCACGCUGGCCGGCGCGCGUCUCUUGAGCAGGAUGUUUCUCAGUCCAGCUGUAGUGUGGGGUACUCAGAAUCUGAACUGGAGUUUACAGAACACCCUUGUCCAGCUUACACUCCUGUUAUGUGUAAAUACUCUUGCGCAUUCAUUCCAUUUGUGUAAAGAAUAAAGCACACACGAUUAUAAAAAUUAAGAUGUAUAUUUCAUACUAGCUGUGUCCUUGCUUAUUUAUUCCAGUCCAAGCUCUCAGCUGUGGUUCAGUUGUAAAUGCUUGAUAGAGUGUUUAUAAAUAUGUCAUGAAUUUUAUUAUAAAAUAUUAAUAUUAAAGCAUUUUUACACUUUA